GGGUGCCAGGGACGUUAUUUGAGCUGACAACAUAGCGGUAGAGCGUCAGUUUCGAGUCCGUCGUUGUCCAAAGUGUACUGAAGUUACACGCGGAGGAGUACCGUCUUGUUGGAGGAAUUAAUUUAUUAGUAUCUGCUCAUUAUCUGUUCCGCUGUCUGACGAAGAACUCUCUAGAGGCAUGGCCGCCCAGCAUAAGGGCGCAAGCCAUGAUCUGCCCUCCCCAAACGGGGUGUCUGUCGCGGAGCACGUCGACAUGGAGAACACCAGGGAGCUGAGCCUGAUGAGGGCCUUCGCCCAGCGGAGACACCCCGAGAGCACCAGGCCGGUCGCCCUGGGCAACGGGACGUCGGCUAACGGGCCAGCUGCGGUUCCUCAUUCCUCGGGGGAGGAAGCAGAACCCAAGAAAAAGAAGAAGAAAAAGGAUUUACUGAAACGACUCCAUGAGUUCAUCUCAUGUGUACCCAGGGGUGCUGAAGCAGACGACGGAGGACCAGCUGGGCCGGGCUUCAGGAACGGUGGCGUGUCCCCGGCAUGUGCGGAUGAGGGGGAGACGCAACAAAGCAAGAGUGUCGAUGUGCUAACGACCAAGCUAAUUGAGAUAGCCAACAGCUCCUUCAUUCCUCCGGAAAUAGAGUCUGAUGCAGAAGAGGGGGAAAUAGAGAAGUUGGCGGGCCUGUUGCUCAGGCAAUGCGGCGACACGGUGGAACAGGAUUAUGACUGCGCCAAGAUGUUCACGGAGAUGCUGAGCAGCUACAGCAUGUUCGGCAACUUGAUGUCCAAGAUCUUCCUCAAGAUCGGCCUCCCGACCAACGACCCUGGGGACCGGGGACCCAAGGGUUCAGACCAGAUCCAGACCAACAUUGCUGUCACCUGCGAGGUGGCCACUAGGCUGUCUGCUAUGGACACCCAUCCAAUGAACCGCGCUCUCGGGUUCGGGGCUCGGUACCUGAAAGAGCACUAUCCUCUGGAGGAAGCGUUGAAUGCAGACGAGGACCAAGAUAUUGACACGGACGUCGAGUGAGAGACGGGUCUCUUUGUUGGUUUGAGGGUGACAACUUUUAUACCACUACCAAGUGGCAGUGCCAAGAUCACAAGGAACACAUCACAGUAUGCAAGACUUUUUAAGUUAAUUUCUCAGGGAAAGAGAAUGAGAAAUGUGCCAAUGGGAUUGUCCUAAUUUUGCACAAAAAAAUGGCAACCUCUUGUGUUUAGUUUAGUCUUUCUAGUGCCAUGAUCCAAAAAAAGAAGCUGCUUGUUGUCCUUUACACUGAGGUAAUCUAAUAUGGUUAUCUAACCAAAUUAUCUUAUGUUGAGAUAAUAAUAUUAUUUGGUUGUGAAGUGGCCAAAAUCCUGUGACAACUGUGCCAAAAAGAUGAACUUUACAUUAGUUAUCGUUAUUUAACCAUGUAUUUUUGAAUCUUUAUGUGAAGAGAGUGUGCUGGAAUGAACAGCUUCUCUAUUCUGAACGAUAACUUACCAGUGGUCACUCCAAAGCAAUAGCUGUGGGAAGGAGUGUUAUCAAUGUACAUUCUUUGGCUAUUGAAACCGAUUUACCCAUAGCAAUGACUCUUGGUCACUUUUGUAUCAACACUUUUACUAUAUAUGGGAAUAAAUCUGAUUUCCAUCUCCCGGUUAUUCUUUGUUGAUUAUUUGGCUGUGUAACAUUGAAAUAGCUGUUAAACUCUGAAACGAUUGUGCCUCAUCAAAAUCCCCUGCUGAAAGGGUCAUCGCUCACGCAAAUUAGUUUUCCUCUGUAAAGUAUGAACAAUAAAACCAAACGGGGAACAAGGUGUAACUCCACUCCCUCCAGCUUCUGUGGUCAGGCGCAGGCUCUGCUUUCUCCCUCCCAGGUGUUCUGCUAGAACACAGCAGAACUGCAGGUUGCGAGAUUAGUAUCUUGAUGGCUGUGAUACUUUCUUGGAAGACUGUUGUUCCAACUGUUGACCGGUUUUUGCUUGAUUAUUAGAGGCACUGCCAAAUGGUUACCAAGCUGACCUGCCUCUCAGGACUCAACAGUAUAUAUAUCGUUGUUUGACGAGUGCACACUCCUUUAUCAUGAAUUUUUUAUUACAUAAUGUCAUAUAAUAUUCUAAUAAUACAAUUAUUUUUUUCAUCCGGGCCCGUGGAUAUCUUUUGUCUUGUCCCCUGCGGUCUCAUCGCCCGUCUGCAGAAGGUUGGACAGGUGGUGUACUAUGCAUGUCGAAAGUAAACAGCUAAACCAGAGAAAGACAAGAAAACCACAAAUAAAUGCUGGGUUGAACAUGCAGAUUAAGUCAUUUAAGGUGAUAGAAGGAAAUGGUGAUUCCAGAAAUGAACUGUAAGAAACUGCUUAAAUUGUAUUGUUUACGUGAAAAUAAAUGAAUCUUCUUUA